AUGUCCAUGAAGCAGGUGAGUGUGAGUGCACGAACAUUGAAGUACGAGACUUACGGCAUGCAGGAGAUCGAAACUUGGGUGGCAGCCCUCGGACAAUAUGAUAACCAUGAAUUCGAGGAAUCGCUAAAAACGUUCGACAAGAUUUCAGACACCUCCAAGAUACUCUUCAAUUGUGGCAUGAUCCAGGCUACCCUUGGCCAGCAUGCUUCAGCUGUCGAAUGUUUCCAACGAGCGAUCAAUCGGGACACGUACCUAGCCAUCGCAUACUUCCAACAAGGUGUCUCAAACUUCUUGGUGGGCGACUUUGAAGAGGCACUCGCCAAUUUUAAUGACACGCUGCUCUACUUGAGGGGUAACAGAUACAUCAAUUACGAGCAGCUUGGUUUGAAGUACAAGUUGUACUCCUGUGAGGUACUGUUCAACAGAGGCCUCUGCUAUGUGUACCUGAAGCAGAAAGACGUUGGAAUAUCAGACCUGAGGUAUGCAGCCAAAGAGAAAGAGACUGCGGAUCACGAUGUCAUAGACGAAGCCAUACAAGAGGGUGCUGAGGAAUUCACCGUCUUCUCGAUCGGUGUCGGCAUCGUCUACCGGCCCAACAGUGCAAAAGUCAAGAACCUCAAGACGAGAGAUUAUCUAGGAAAAGCUCGCGUGGUCGCAGCCGCAGAACAUAGCAAUGUACAAAGCCCAGAAGCAACGAGAGCAGCCCUUCAAGCUGCGGCGGGUCGAAAUUUGGACGAUCGUGCGCCGGAGUCGAUUUCGUUUGCAGCAUCGAAUCUCGUGCGACCCAACCUUCACAGCAGAACAAGACAACAAUCUGAACCGCCAAUCCACCGGAACGUGUUCCCUCCCACUCCUCCACCCGAAAAUGAGAAUGAGAAGCUACGUCCAGCAAUGUCCAUUUCUGCAACGACAGCGCUUCCAAACUCUACGUUCCCGACGUUGUCCUCCCUAAAUCUACAAAACUCCAAGCAACUCCCUUCCACGCAUGAAUUUCGCCAACCGCCCCAAAAUCACCCUCUCCGCCCCGAACCUCUCAAGCUCUCUCAAUCUUCCUUCACCUCCCUCGAAAGCAAAGACCCACCACCAUCUCGAAUAGGCACUACACGCUCUGCCUCCGAGCGUCCGUCUCAUAGAGAGCAUUUCCGACGCGAUCGAGAACAACGGCGACCAUCACAACCGGACUCACGCCGCCUCUUCAUGGAAGUUCAUCCCGGCUCUCCGGGUGAAGCAGACAUUGAUGAGCACCCAGAUGAGGAGCUAUACUCCGCGCCCUCCCUCAGCGCGGCCCCCAGCCAUCACCGCCGCACCCGAUCCUCAGCCAAUACCGUCUCCACACAUAGAUCUAGCGGCGGGCGCAAUGGCUCGCGAACGCGGCACCGCUCGCGCUCGCGUCAGGCAUCGGGGCCAUCAAUGCGAACGCACUAUAGCAUCGAAGAAGAAGAUGAAACCACAGGCGACGCAGGCUCCACGGGCUCCUCGCUCGACGAAUUUGAGAUCUUGCAUAAUGCCGGAGGCGGCCUCUCACGGUCUCCAGAAUCCGGCAACGGCGGUACUGGCCCAAUACUGACACUGCCGAAAACCACCUAUCGGCCGCCAAGAACGCAGUCCGAACGACCCGAUCGCACCACUCGUGCAAGAAGCAGUUCUCGCCACCGUCCUGCGCCUUCGCAUGCCCAUAGGGAAUUUCAUGGUGGCGUGGCUGGAGCGUACAAACCACCCCCGCCCCAGCAUCCGACUGUCCCCGAACUCAAAAACAUACGCAUCAAACUCCAUCACGCCGACGACGCACGCUUUAUCCUGCUCCCGCCUACUGUCUCCUAUGACAUGCUAGUUGAGAAGAUAAGGGAGAAGUUGAAAAUGCCACGGGAUCAGCAGUUCAAGGUGAAGGUCAGGGAUGAGGACGGAGAUUUGAUCACCAUGGGAGACAGUGAUGAUUGGGACAUGGUGGUUCAAGGGGUGAGAAAGGAGUUUGAGGGUUCAGCGCUGGGAGAUGGUGAAAGUGGGGGAAGUGAGCAGGGCGGCGGAAUGGGAAAGAUGGAGGUAUGGGUCGCUUGA